ACGUAAUUAGUUCUCACUCAAAUCACUCCACCACUGUUACUCAUCAUCAUCGAUCAAGACCUGACCUUAAUUACAGGUCAUGGAGUACUCGAAACUUAUCAUCUCCUUAUCAGUACUACUUUUAGUGAUGAACGAUUUAAGCCGUGUGGCUUCAUCUUCAUCUUCAUCUUCUUCGUCGUCAUCAAUAGAAGUGAGCCACGAUGGAAGAGCCAUAACCAUCAACGGCAUACCCAGACUUCUUCUCUCCGGCGCCAUUCAUUAUCCUCGUAGCACCGCCGAGAUGUGGCCGGAUUUGAUGAAGAAAGCAAAGGAAGGGGGACUAGAUGCCAUCGAGACGUACGUGUUUUGGAAUGCGCAUGAGCCGGUUCGGGGGCAGUUUGAUUUUUCUGGGAACCAUGAUCUGGUCAGGUUCAUCAAAACCGCACGAGAUGCUGGCCUCUACGUCGUUCUUCGCAUCGGUCCCUAUGUUUGUGCUGAGUGGAACUAUGGAGGUUUCCCUGUUUGGUUGCAUAAUUUACCUGGUGUAACCCAGCUGCGUACGGCUAAUGAUGUUUAUAUGGGAGCAAUGCAAAAUUUUACAACGAUGAUAGUGGAUAUGGUGAAAAAGGAGGAGCUGUUUGCAUCACAAGGAGGACCAAUAAUUCUUGCACAGAUUGAGAAUGAGUAUGGGAAUGUGAAUGCUCCUUAUGGGGCUGCUGGAAAAGCAUAUUUGGAUUGGUGUGCCAACUUUGCCACCUCCCUUGACAUUGGUGUCCCUUGGAUCAUGUGCCAACAAAAGGAUGCCCCUCCUCCCAUGCUUGAGACAUGCAACGGUUGGUACUGCGACCAAUAUAAACCCAAAAAUCCGACAACUCCGAAGAUGUGGACGGAGAACUGGACCGGAUGGUUCAAGAAUUGGGGCGGGAAAGACCCGUAUAGAACCGCCGAGGACGUUGCAUUUGCUGUUGCUAGAUUUUUCCAAACUGGCGGAACUUUUCAGAACUAUUACAUGUAUCAUGGAGGAACAAAUUUUGGUCGUACUGCCGGUGGUCCAUAUAUCACUACAAGCUAUGACUAUGAUGCCCCAAUUGAUGAAUAUGGCAAUUUGAAACAACCAAAAUAUGGGCAUCUCAAGGAACUUCAUGAUGUUCUUCACUCUGUCGAGAAAGCUCUCACCACUGGUAACAUCACCACUACUAAUUUGGACAAUUCACUUCAGAUCACGGUGUAUGGGCUGAAUGAUACGUCAAGUACUUGCUUCUUGAGCAACGGAAAUGAGACGAGCGAUGGCACCAUUAGCUACGGAGGAGUUGAGUACCAAGUUCCUGCUUGGUCUAUUAGCAUCCUCCCCGACUGCAAGGCCGAAGCUUUCAACACCGCCCAGGUCAACACUCAAACUAAUGUGAUGGUCAAAGGGUUGCCCCCUAAUGCCGCCGCCGAAGAGGAGAAGCGGUCUUCUCCUCUCAAAUGGUCUUGGAGGCCCGAGAAGACCGACGACUCCCUUAUCGGCAAAGGCGAUUUCUCCACCAAUCAAAUUCUUGAUCAGAAGAUCGCCAACGAUGCCACUGACUACAUGUGGUACAUGAUAAGUGUACAAUUAAGUGACAAGGACCCGAUAUGGAGUGAUGACAUGAGCCUUAGGAUCAACCACACCGGUCAUGUGGUGCACCUUUAUGUGAAUGGGGAGUACGUCGAUUCUAAUUGGACAACCUAUGGGAUUCACGCUUCUAGCUUCGAGACCGACAAAAUUAAGUUCAAACGCGGGAGUAACCAAAUCUCAAUCCUCAGCUCUACGGUUGGUUUGCAAAAUUAUGGUUCUUUUUAUGACAUGGCGGGGACUGGCAUAUCUGGUCCGGUUGAGAUUGUGGGGAGAAAUGGGGACGAGACCAUCACCAAGGACCUCUCUUCCCACAAAUGGUCUUAUAAGGUUGGCCUUCACGGUGAAUCCCUGAAACUGUUCAGCAACGAAUCUCGUUUUGCUUCUCAAUGGCAAUCCGAAAAUCUUCCCGUUAACACAAAGAUGACUUGGUACAAGACAACUUUCUCGGCUCCAUUGGGAAGUGAUCCAGUUGUAGUGGACUUACUGGGCUUAGGCAAGGGGAUUGCAUGGGUUAAUGGCAACAACUUGGGUCGUUAUUGGCCAAGCUAUUUGGCCGAGGAGGAUGGUUGUUCAUUGGAGCCUUGUGACUAUAGAGGAUCUUAUACCAAUGAAAAAUGUGUCACAAAUUGUGGUCAACCCACUCAGAGAUGGUACCAUGUUCCGCGGUCGUUCCUUAGGGACGGCAACAACAACAACAACAACGAAUUGAUUCUUUUCGAGGAAUUAGGAGGAAACCCUUCCAAUGUGAGCUUCCAAACAGUCAGGGUGGGGAGUGUUUGUGCAAAUGCUUACGAGAACAAGGUCAUGAAGAUAACGUGUCAAGGACGAUCCAUCUCCGAAAUUCGCUACGCUCACUACGGAGAGACGGUCGGGCCUUGCGGGGAUUUCAAGCCCACUUGUGGCGCUAGUGAGGAUGCGCUUACUAUCGUCACAACCGCGUGCAAAGGCAAGGAAUCGUGUAUGGUGCCGGUUAAUGGUAGUCUUUUUGGGGAUCAAGCCAACAGUUGUGAUGCCCAAAUUAAGAAGAAGUUGGCGGUUGAAGCGGUUUGUGCCUGAUUUCAUUGGUGGUUUGUGUUAUUUUAGGUGUCUUGAAUUGGUUGUGUCAUUUAGUUAGCUUAGCUCUUUCAUUAGAUUGAUGUUGGUAUUUAAUUAGUUAGUGGUUUGGAACUCAUGGUGCCCCUAAUUAGCUUAGUAGUCACCGAUCGAGUAUGUUUUUGUUGCGAGUUAUUAAUACAUAAAUAAAGCACAAAUUG